GUGAGGUUGAACCUGGUUCGCUUUCCGGUUCAAUUGAACCGAUUUGGUUCGGUUUGCUUCCUAUAUAUAUAUAUAUGGGCCAAGAGAGAAGAAGGGAAGGAGAGGACAAGGAGAGAGAGAGAGAGAGAGAGGAGGGAUUUCCGCUGUUCGUGCCGAAGGAGACCCCUCGCGGAACGAAUGGUGGAAUCGAGUGGCUCUGUCUGUCUGGAUGUGGAGAGGAUCUCGUUCGGUGGAAAGGAAUACCUAAUUCAAACUCGCCAUGGUUCUGUAUCUGUAGCUGUGUAUGGAGAUCAAGAGAAGACUGCACUUGUUACUUAUCCAGAUAUUGCUUUAAAUCAUGUGUCGUGCUUCCAAGGCUUGUUCUUUUGCCCUGAAGCUGCCUCGUUGCUUCUUCACAAUUUCUGCAUAUAUCAUAUCAGUCCUCCAGGGCAUGAGUUAGGCGCUGCUCCAAUUUCUUUAGAUAUUCCGGUUCCUUCAGUUGAUGAUUUAGCGGAUCAAGUUGCAGAUGUUCUUGACUUCUUUGGCUUAAGCUCAGUGAUGUGCUUGGGAGUCACGGCGGGUGCAUAUAUUCUUACACUGUUUGCAAUUAAAUAUAGAAAACGUGUACUUGGUUUGCUACUUGUUUCCCCUCUAUGUAAAGUGCCUUCUUGGACGGAAUGGUUGUAUAAUAAGGUAUUGUCUAAUUUGCUUUACUACUAUGGGAUGUGUGGUUUGGUUAAGGAGUGCUUACUUCAAAGAUACUUCAGCAAGGAAGUUCGUGGAAGUGGACAGGUCCUCGAAUCAGAUAUUGUACAGGCAUGCCGAAGUUUGUUGGAUGAGAGACAAAAUACAAAUGUAUGGCGGUUGCUUCAAUCAAUUAAUGGGAGAAGUGACAUCACUGAAGCAUUUAAAAAAAUACAGUGUCGGACUCUAAUAUUUGUUGGCGAAAACUCUCCUUUCCAUUCUGAAGCCAUCCACCUCACUUCAAAGUUGGAUAGAAGAUAUUGUGCUUUCGUAGAGGUCAAGGCUUGCGGAUCCUUGGUGACGGAAGAGCAACCCCAUGCCAUGCUGAUACCAAUGGAAUACUUCUUCACAUGGUAUGGACUCUUCCGGCCUUGCCAAUUUAAUGGGAGCCCCAGAAGUCCUCUCAGUCCAUUGUGCAUUUCGCCAGAGCUUCUGUCUCCCGAGAGCAUGGGUCUCAAGUUAAAGCCGAUAAAAACUAGAGUUUCACUUCAAGCUUGAAAAAGAAAUGACCGGUCCAUCGCGUGCCUUAUGUUAGACUUAGAUUGAUGUUCUUUUUGCGCCUGCAUUCUAACUAAAGCUGUGUAGAUAUUAAAAACUUAAAAAAGAUGAAGAAAGCAUGGGCUGCUCUUGGCUUUUGGUAAAGAUUAGGUAUUCUAUUCUAUUCUAUUCCAUUCAUUUGUAAAUCAACAUUUCAUAUGACUGAUAAUAAUAAUAAAAGAGAAAGAUGUGGUAGAGUCCUUUUGGAUCA